AUGAGUACUCAAAGCUUCUUCAACAACGGUCCUAUCGGCGAAUGGAAUGGCCCACCAGCAGGUAAUGCUCCUCCGCCACAGAUGCACAACGGGUUCUCGAUUGGUGCCCCACCGGGAGUGAUGGAUGGGCAAAUUGGAAUGUUUCAAAUUCCGCAAGCGAACCAAUUUGGAGCAGCGGGCGCUCAAGCAGCACCGCGCGGUCCACCCGGUAUUCCAACGCAAGACUUUCCGGUCUCACAUUAUGGAACGCCAGCUCCAGCUUUUCACAAGGCCAAUCAAUUUAGAGGACAAAUCAGUGGAAGUGCGUCUGAUGCUCAACUGAUGAACCUCAUUCAUCAAAAUCCACAGCAACCGGCUAGAACCUUCAUCGGUGGCUCCGUAAAUGGUUUCGAGAUGGCUAACGGCUUUCAACAGCCAAUGAACAAUUAUGGAGCGAUGAACGGUGGCAUGAAUGGAUUCAUUCCUAAUGGCCACUCGAACGAUCGUGGAUUGAUGCAGCCAUUCGAAGCACCGAAACCGUUGCUGGUUGGACCUCCACCAUUUGACAUCAACAUGCCACAUACUUUGCCACCUUCUCGAUCGGAUCCUGCUUUGUAUCAACAAGUUCAGCAACCCCAACAGACGAUCAAUUUUGAGAACUACGAGAACAUUCCAGUGAACAUUCGUGGUGACAAUGUGCCUACGCCUGUCAACGAAUUUCACGAUGCGAAUCUCGAUGACGUUAUCAAAAUGAACGUUGACAAAAGUGGAUACAUUAAGCCGACUCCGGUCCAAAAACAUGGAAUCCCAUCGUUGCUCUCGGGACGUGAUCUUAUGGCUUGCGCACAAACGGGUUCGGGAAAAACUGCUGCCUUUUUGCUUCCAAUCAUUCAGCACAUUGUCACUUCUGGAUUGAGACCUUAUGAAGAAAUGAAUCAGCAAGCUCGUCGGAUGAAACAGUUUCCCUUUGCGCUGAUUCUUUCGCCAACUCGGGAACUUGCAAUUCAAAUUCACAAAGAGGCCACAAAAUUCAGCUAUUGCACAAAUGUGAUGACAGCUAUUUUUUAUGGCGGAAAAGAAAAUUAUCGUGAUCAAUUGAACAAGAGUCGAUAUGGUUGCCAUAUUGUUAUCGCGACUCCCGGCCGUCUCAUUGACGUUGUUAACCAAGGCUAUGUGUCACUCGAACAAUGCAAGUUCUUGGUGCUGGAUGAGGCUGAUCGAAUGUUGGAUAUGGGUUUUGAACCACAAAUUCGAAAAAUCGUUUCUCUUGGGCUCCCGGAUAAAAUGGCACGUCAAACGGCUAUGUUCAGUGCCACUUUUCCGAAUGAAAUCAAAAAGCUUGCCGAAGACUUUCUGAAGCCAAACUUUGUGCAUCUAGCCGUUGGUCGGAUUGGAUCCACAUCGCAAAACAUUGAUCAAAACGUCAUUUGGGUGGAAGAAUAUGAGAAGAGAGGACAAUUGCAACAUUUACUUGACAACGAAGAACGAAAUGCGUUGAUCCUCGUUUUUGUUGAGACACGUCGCGCCGCCAAUGAUUUGGCUUUCCAACUUCAGCGAGCUGGACACCGAGCUGUUGCUAUUCAUGGAGAUCUCAAGCAAUUAGAUCGGGAACGAAAUUUGGAGAUGUUCAAGAAUGGAAGCAACCCAAUUCUUGUGGCAACAGCGGUUGCAGCUCGUGGAUUGGAUAUUCCCAAUGUGAAACAUGUGAUCAAUUACGAUAUGCCGAAUGAUGUCGACGAAUAUGUUCAUCGAAUUGGCCGCACUGGUAGAUGUGGAAAUCAGGGACAAGCUUCGUCGUUCUUUGCCGAGAAAAACAAAGGACUUGCGCGUGACUUAUUGGCUGUGUUAAACGAAUCGAAUCAAAACGUCCCCGAUUGGCUUCCACCACUUGCUACACAAUCUUUCAAUCAACGCAAUAACAAGUUUGCACGUGGACGUGGCAGAGGAACGAAUGGAUUCCAAAAUGGUCAAAUGCGCAACAACUUUGUGAUGAAUAACAAUCAAGGAAUGCCAAGAGGCGGAGGAAAUUUUGGCGGAGUACAACGUGGAGGAUUUCAAGGUGGUAUGAUGCACCCGAUGGGGAUGGUACCUUUCCCAGCUGGACCUCCUCCGCCAAUUCACUUUGGCGGCGCUCCUCCAUUCAACCCUCAAUUCAAUCCCGUCCAGCCACAAUUUGGCGGCCCUGGAGGCUUUGGAACUAUUGCGCGCGGAGGAUUCAAUCGUGGCGGUGGCGGAGGUUACAGAGGCAAUCGUGGAGGACCGAGUGGCGGUGGAAAUCGCGGUGGCAUCAAUGGAACUCCUGCACCGAUGCGAAAUAUGAUGGGACCAGGAGGAUUGGUCAAUGGAAUGAAUCAACUUUCGAUUGGUGGCGAAUGGCAACCGAGAACCGCGACUGUGCCGAAU